AUGCUGCUGCUGCUCUUUUUUGGGGUGGCCACAAGCAGAUGUGUACACGAGGAGACCCAGCAGCACGUGGACCUUCUCAGCCCCCCUCCCUCCCAACUGCCCACAGACCUCCGCUCCUCUUCCCUCCCCGUCCCUGGCCCCCGCCAUCCUCAACCCCUCAGAAUCCAAGCCUGCUAUCUGGGAGAGCCCCCGUCAGAUGGGGCUUGGGGUCCUGAGAGGCAUGGGAUGCCAAGAGGGGCGGCCCGAGCCCUGGCGGCAGCCAGGGAAGCGGCUUGGCGGAUCCGGGGCGUCCUCGCGGUCCUUCCAGUGCAAGGACCCUUGCUUUUGAGUCGAGACCCCGCACAAUACUGCCAUGCUGUCUGGGGAGACCCAGACACUCCAAAUUACCACAGGUGCAGCCUCUUGAACCCAGGGUACCAAGGAGAGAGUUGCCUGGGGGCAAAGAUCCCUGAUGCCCAUCUCCGUGGUUAUGCCUUGUGGCCGGAGCAUGGGCCCCCACAAUUCGUCCAGCCGGAUGGGCCCGGAGUCCAAAAUGCUGACUUUCUCCUCUAUGUGCGGGUCGGUCACACUUCCAAGUGCCACCAAGAGCCUUCUGUCAUUGCCUAUGCUGCCUGCUGUCAGCUGGACGCAGAAGACAGGCCCCUCGCUGGUACCAUCAUCUACUGUGCCCAGCACCUCCCCAGCCCCCGCCUCAGCCACAGGGACUUGGUCACGGCCACGCUACACGAACUGCUCCACACUCUGGGUUUCUCCGGACAGCUCUUCAAGAGAUGGCGGGACUGCCCUUCAGGACUCAGUGUUAAGGAGAAUUGUUCUACAAGGCAACAGGUGACCAGACGAGAUAAGUGGGGACAGCUGCUUCUUAGCACCCCAACCGUUAGCCACAGCCUGGCCAAACAUUUGGGAGUGCUGGGGGUUUCUCUAGGCGGUCCCCUGGAAGAAGAGGGCCGCUUAUCCUCACACUGGGAGGCCAGACUCUUCCAGGGCUCCAUCAUGGCUGCUACUUUCGACAGUGCCCAACGCACUCAACUUGAUCCAAUCACUCUUUCUGCCUUCCAAGAUUCGGGCUGGUAUCAGGUCAACCACAGCGCUGCCGAGAAGCUGCUGUGGGGCCAGGGAUCUGGCCUAGCGUUUGGCCUGGUGAGCACCUGUGGGACUGACUCCUCAGGUUUCUUCUGUACUGGCAGCGGGCUGGGCUGCCACUACCUGCAUUUGGACAAGGGAAUCUGUUCCUCAGACCCCAUGCUGGAAGGCUGCCACAUGUACAAACCCCUAGCCAACAGGAGUGAAUGCUGGAAGAAAGAAAAUGGCCCUCCAACUGGGGCUGAGGAUCCACACGGGGAGAUCUACCAUCCCCAGAGUCGUUGCUUCCUUGCCAACCUCACUUCUCGACUGCUCCCUGGGGGUGAAACCAGCCAUCCCUCUCAAGUCCCAUGGCUCAAGGACGCAGAGCUCACUGGCCGGUGCUACUUACACCAGUGCACACAGAAAGGAGAGUACGAGGUGCAAGCGGAGGGAUCGCCUUGGGUCCCAUGCCUUCCAGGAAAGGCCAUUCAGAUGCCUGGGUACUAUGGUCUUCUCUACUGUCCCCGAGAUCGGCUGUGUCAGAAUGAUGAAGGCGCCAAUGCAGUUACUUCAUCUGCGAGUCUGGCAACCCAGGGUCUGCUCUUCCAGCUGUCUUUAGGGUUAGCUGGACCUCCAGGCCACUCAUUGGGGAAGGAACAGAGAGAAGAGCUGGCUGAGACAGUACUACAGGCGCUGGUGAACAGAAGCGGCACUGGCAGGUGCUAUUUCCACAACCCAUCAAUCAACACUAGCUUGGUCUUCACUGUGCAAAUGUGGAAGUUCCCUGACUGCCAAGGACCUCCAGUCACCGUGCUGUACGAUGCCCUGACCCUGACUCUCCAGAAGCCUCUGGAAGUCUGUCGUGGAGAAGCCUGCUUUACCACAAAAUACAGCAAGUUGCUGGUUUCCUUGGAUCAUACACUGCCUAUGAGUCAUAUAUUUCUGUCCAUGGGACUCUGUCUAUCAUUGGUAAUUCUGGUGGGUCUAUUGGGAACUGUGGUCUAUCAAAAACGAGCCGCUCUUCAGGUGGGACCACUUGCCCCUUUGCCAUCACCAGACAUACCUGGAACCGGGAGCCCAACUGGAAGAAUAAUGUACUCAUGACCUUACUUAGGAAAUUGUAACCCCUCUA